AUGCACUUUGUUUUGGAUGAUAUGAAAGGAACAUCUGCAUUUGAUGGCAAACGUCAAAUCUCUUGGGUCUACCCGUUGUCAUGUGGUCUGCUAUUAAUAAUUUCCACACAAUUGCUGGAGCGCACAGGGAUGGCUUAUGUUCCAGUUGGAAAUGCAAAUUGCAACUCUUUAUUCCAAAAAAUUGCAAUUUCCCAUGUGGGUGUUUCUGCUUUGCCAUUCUUCCAACCGGGAGUGAAAUCUUGUACGGUUUUUAACAGAGGAACAGUAAUUCCCAAGUGCUUAAAUGGAAAGAGGAAUAUAUUUAAUUCCAAGUUGUCAAAGAAAGAGAGAUUAUCUAUCCCUAGAAGUAGUAAUUCUUCCGACUCUGGUGGAAGUACGGAUGAACCCUCUAAAGAGACAGAGAAGACGCCAUUUGGAUAUAGUAGGAAAGAUGUCCUAUUAAUUGGACUUGGGGUUACUCUACUUGGCAUUGGCUUAAAAAGUGGAUUAGAGUUUGCUGGAGUUGAUUCACUACAAGCAGGAAAUGUGGUUCAGCUACUGCUGGUUUUGGGCCUCACAGUUGGGUGGAUCGCAACAUAUGUCUUCAGAGUUUCAAACAAGGAAAUGACAUAUGCACAACAACUACGUGACUAUGAAAGCAAAGUGAUGGAGAAGCGGUUAGAGUCCCUAACAGAAGCAGAGCUACAAGCACUGCUUGAAGAAGUUGAGGAAGAGAAGAGACGCUAG